ACGGGCCGCCACUAAACCGGACCGCGCUAGCGCGACUCGCGAUGCGACAUUCACUCGCGACAUUGAGCUUUGACGUCUCGACUCGACGUUGACGUUUGUCAAAAAUAUUCAUGGGAGAAUUAUUGUUUAUGUUUACUUCAGACAUUCAAUCAAACAUAGUUUGAAAGUGCAAAGAAUUUUCCAUUCCAAUUAAAAAUGUAUUCAGAAUUAUCCAAAACCAAAUCCUACAGAACAUCUAACAUCAUUAUUAAAAACGUUCGUCAUCGGCACGCUGGUAUUAAUACGGUUUAUCAUGCCCUCUACGGUCACUAUUUUCUAGGGAUUUCGAAAAAGGAUUUGGCCACAAUUUAUGGGAAAGCCAAAUCAACCAUUUGCGAGUGGUUUGUGAAAUUCCAACGAGACGGAUUAUUCCAGAGAAAACAACGUCAACAAGUGUUCAAAAAAUUUAGCGCAGCUAAGCGGGAUUGGUUAGUCAAUCUGUAUCAAAAGGAGCCCUUUUUAUUCCUCGACGAGGCAAAACUCCGAUUUCAGAGGCACUUCCAACAGUCAAUAAGUGUGUCAUCAAUUUGCACAAUACUACACGAAUCUGGAUUGAGCUGGAAAACCAUCGAAAGAAGGGCUAUCCAGAUCCGAGACGAUGAGAUAGUUCGCUUCGUUAAAGAGAUGCUAUCGAUUCCAUGGGAUACAUUCAGUCUUGUUUUCCUUGAUGAGGUCUCUUUUGAUAAUAAGGAUAUGUUGCGCAAAAAGGGGUACGGAGUCAUUGGUCAAAAACUUAUUUAUCGCGGGGAGUUCGUUAGAAAGCCGAGAGUUUCCUUUUUAUGUUUUCUUGGAGUGAAUGGAAUGCUCGAUAGUUUUUAUACUGAUGGUACAUUUAACAGACAAAAAUUUUUCAAUUGCUGUCGUAAUUUUGCUCUGAAUAAUCCCAAUGUUCACCAGUAUCCAGGAUUUCACUCUAUUUGGAUUUUGGAUGGAGCCCGCAUUCAUUGCGACGCUAAUAUCGUACGGUAUUUUCGUUCUAUUGGCAUUAUGCCUAUAUUCCUCCCACCUUAUUGUCCAUUUUUCAAUCCAAUUGAGAUAGUGUUUGGAUUGGUGAAAGCGUAUCUCAAAAGAAAUUACUGCCAAGAUAGAUCCGUUCUGAAAGAAGUUUGUACAUCUAUGAGUGCAUUCAAAGUUUUUGAUUGUAAGAAAAUUUUCGAAAACUGUGGAUAUUUACCCGGUGGAGUUUUUCUUCCAGAAAAAGGAUUGGCUCAGGAUCCCAAAUAUAUGGAUUUGAACAUUGUUCCUGAAUAAACAAAUACAGUUCUAUUUCAAU